CUUCUCUCACACCUUUAUUGACAGAGUCAAAUACCAAAUACUACAUGUUAAAGCAAUCACAGUAAUACUAGAUUUUACUAUAUACACAAAACCCUCUUUUUCACGUUUCAACACCGCAUAUAUAUACCCACACAAACACAUAAAGGUAUAUAGUUUUGUUUUGUAAGUGUGAUUCAAUUGAACAACUGAAUCAUUAUGGAGAAAGAGAAACAGAGUAAGCUGAAGAACAAGUUUUUGAAAGCAAUAACAGUAACGUUUCAAAACGCACCUUUCAGUCCCGGAAGGGAGCAUAAAUUUAGGUCAGACAAUAACACAAACAGAUGGGGUGCAAAAACGAACGGUGGAAAAGGAUUCUCAGGACCUAUGGUGACUAUGAUUCCUCGCGAAGCUAGAAGAAAACCUAGAGAUGGCGGUGUUAACGUAACACAAGAACCAACUUCACCGAAGAUUUCUUGUAUGGGACAGAUCAAGCAUCACAAGAAGAAACAUAUUCCGAAAAACAAAACUACGGAUGCAAAUACUCCAAAGGAUGCGGAUGAGAAGAAAUCGAAAUCGAAGUUUCAGAGAAUAUUUUCACAGAGAUCGAAAUCGAAGUUUGUGGAAAGGAAAUUUGACGAGUCUGGAUCUGUUGGUGGAGGGAGCAAAGCGCCGCCGAUGGGUGAUAUGAAGAGAUUUGCGAGUGGGCGUGAAGCUUUUUCGAGUUUCAAUUGGAAAGCUGUGAUUGAGCCAGAGGAAAUUGAUGAGAGGGAUUGCUUUACUGAUGCAGAAGAGGAUGAGAUCUUGAUUCCAUUUUCUGCACCAAUUUUGGUUGGUGGAGGCGGUGAAGGUGAUGAUUCUAGACCUAGUUUGAAGUUUAAGCCAAGGAAUGAAAUAAAUCUUUGGAAGAGAAGAACAAUGGCACCGCCAAGGCCUCUUCAGUUGAAUCCUGUGCUUAAGGCUAAGUAAAUUGUUAAUUCUUUCAUAAUCAAUAACUUGUUCAAAUUGUAGAUUUCUUCAUCUUUUUAUAUAUAUACUAUAUUUUUUGUUUA